AGCUCAAUCUGAAGUGAGGUUAUUUUGUUUUGCAGAAUGAAAACAUUGUAUAAUCGAGAAUGCAUGAUUUUUUGUGACCUACACUUUGAAAUUAAAUUUUCGUAAAUUUGGCCGGGUUUUAAAAUAAUUAAAAAAUGCUGCCGCAUCGUCCCAUAAAGGCCAUCUCGAGCCUGGUGCGAGCUUUCUCCAACAUUUCAAUUCGAGAAUCGACUAAGGUAUCCGUUGUCGUUUCGCCGAAAGCCCUAUCAAGCCAACCGAAAGCGGCCACUCCCCUUCGGAUCAACUUCCUACCGCGGGAAAUUUCCUUGGACAUCGGUCAUCCUCAUGGCAUCAAUCCGUUCCUUCCACGGAAGGAAAUCAUCGACAUUCCGCUGAUCAGCCGGAUCAUUGAGAAUCCCAAUCAGUCUCGCAUUUCGGAAAUCGGUGAUCGCUCGCCGACGGGGGUUCCGGCAGUGGACCUUCCCCCCACCAGCAGUGGGAAAGUGGACGACAAUGGCAUCCAGGCUGCCCGACUGAUUGUGAUCCGAAGACGGAAGAUGCGGAAGCACAAGCUGAAGAAGCUGCGGAAGAAGAUGAAGUAUGAAUGGGCUAAGGUCCGCCAACGGAGGGAGCUGCGUAAAGAGAAAGCCUUCCAAGCCGGUCUAAUCAGUCAAAUCAAGGAAGCGGAGCGGUUCUCGGCGGAAAUGUAUGUAGCGGAGAAGCUGCGACAAGCCAACGAUACACCAAUUCCUCGUUUCUGGAAGGGCAAACGGUUGCCGCAGUUUAUCAUCAAGCAGAAGUUGGGAAUUGAGUAAUUGCAGGUUCUUGCUGGAUUAAUAGAGAAUUGUGAAUAAAUGGAAAAGUCGUUAAGGGUAAAA